AUGUCUCCGAAACGGAGCGUGGAGAAACGAAAGCAGUUUCGUGGCUUUCCAUUCCACAAGUCGCGGGGUCAGCAUAUCCUAAAAAAUGCAGCCGUCACGGACGCCAUGGUGGAGAAGGCUCAGCUUCGACCCACAGACACCGUGCUAGAGGUUGGAGCAGGUACCGGCAACCUAACCGUGCGUCUGCUCAAGUAUGCGAAGAAAGUGGUCGCUUUUGAGGUCGAUCCGCGCAUGAUCAUCGAGUUAACAAAACGGGUGCAAGCACUGGGCCCUGAACUUGCUAGUCGCUUGGAGGUCAUCCACGGUGACGUGCUUCGUGCAAACUGGCCAUUCUUCGACGUUUUCGUUGCCAAUAUACCGUACCAGAUCUCGUCACCGCUCUUGUUCCGUUUGCUGGCGCAUCGACCUGCCUUUCGCUCCGCAGUGAUCAUGUUUCAGCGCGAGUUUGCGCAACGGCUGAUUGCUCGACCUGGUGAUCCAGCAUAUGGGCGUUUAGCUGUCAAUGUGCAGCUCUUGGCCCGCGUAGAACACCUCAUGAAAGUGAGCCGUAACAGUUUUCGACCUCCUCCACGGGUCGACAGUAGCGUCGUCCGUAUUCAGUUGCGACAGCCGGCACCUCCCCUUGAUUUCCGUGAAUGGGAUGGAUUGCUGCGACUCUGCUUCGCUCGCAAGCAUCGAACUUUGGGAAGUCUCUUUGGUCAGUCGCGGGUUGUGCAACUGCUUCAAACGAAUCGAGCCCGCAUUCGGGAUGAGGCGGCAAAGUCUCAAAACACGACCUCUGCGGAUACAACAGCGUCGGCGCUGAUGGAGAUGGUGAACGACACCGACUUGGCACUAGACGAUACCGAUGAGAACGAAAACGCUGCCAGCUCAUUCGUGCCUCCUCCAGACGUGAUGGACACAGUGCCAUUGGAAGCUGAGGACGGAUCUGCACUCACAGCUGUGCGUACGGAGAUUCACGGCAUACUGUCGGAACAGGGGCUGCUGCAGACACGUGCAGCGAAGAUGAGCUUGGAGGAUUUUUUACGGCUGCUUUGCACGCUACAGGCUCAUGGCUUUCGUUUUACGAGCUGA